CAGAAAGCGAACGGUCAGUUUAAUGCACUGUACACCUCACUGGAAUAACUGCAUGCUGUUUUUGUUUGUCCUGGUGAACUAAAACAGAACUAUGGAGUCCUGUUUGAACUACAAACCCGAGAGAGUUGGCUCUGUAACUGUGGAAGAUCUGAGAAAAGAUCUCUUUGAGGAAUUCUCCAAAAUACCUGCAACACAGGCACCUGUAUUACUAGAGAAGGAACAUUUGCAUGUCUACUUGCGGAUACGUCCAUUUACUUCCAGUGAGAGUGAGUUUGGUAAAUCACAGGACUGUAUUUCAAUUGAGGCUCCAGACACUGUCGUUUUAAAGGCCCCAAGAUUUUCGUUGUCAGCCAGGCAAAGUGAAAAACUAGGCCCUCAAGUCGCACAGAGAUUUCAGUUUUCAAAGGUAUAUGGUCCAGAAACAUCACAGAGACAGAUUUUUGAUGGAACAACAAAAUCUCUUGUAAAAGAUGUCCUAGCUGGGGAAAAUUCCUUGGUUUUUACUUAUGGAGUUACCAAUACUGGGAAGACGUUUACAUUUUUAGGACCUGAGAGUGAUGGAGGAAUUCUGCCAAGGUCACUAAACGUAAUCUUCAACAGCAUAGAGGGACGCAUCUAUAAUCAAAAUAACAUUAAGCCUCACAGAUGCAUCGACUUUACAAGACUGACCAGAGAUCAGCAAGAGGAGGAGGCCAAAAUGAAGAGAAACCUUUUGAGAAGAUAUAAAGAGAAUGAUUUGCAAAAAAGCUCCUCCAGUAUGUCAAGUUCUGCAGGCAGCACCAUACUAGAGGGCAAGCAUAAUGAAUUAGAGGGAGACAGUCUGUGUUUGGAGGAAGACUCUUGUGUUAAGUUCUCAGUGUGGGUCUCUUUCUGUGAGAUCUACAACGAAAACAUCCACGACCUGCUCGACUUUAUCUCCAAUAGUUCACAGAGACGGAGUGUCCUGCGGCUGUGCCAGGACGUCAAAGGCAACACAUUUGUUAAAGAUCUGACAUGGGUGCAAGUAAACAGUGCAGAUGAAGCCUACAAAGUUUUAAAAAUUGGAAGAAAGAACCAGAGCUUCUCUUCUACAAAGCUCAACAGUGUUUCAAGCAGAAGCCACAGUAUUUUUUCCAUCCGAAUCUUGAGGAUUGAGGAUUUGGCUGUUCCUCGAGUUCAAAGCAUAAGCGAAUUGUCUUUAUGUGACCUGGCUGGAUCAGAACGAUGCGCAAAAACCCAAAACAGAGGAGACCGCUUAAAAGAGGCAGGAAACAUCAACACCUCUCUGUUAACUUUAGGAAAGUGCAUUAAUGCACUACGACUGAAUGAAACGCUGAACGUCCUCAAAUUUUCAGCGCUGGCUCAAAAGGUUGUAGUCGUAAACCCCAAACCCACGUUCACCAGUUUGCCCAAGAAAUCAGCCAGAGAAGUCUCCAUGAUGAUAAACAAUCUGGAGAGAAGAGAGUGGACCAGAAGAAGCACCCUGAUUGGGUGGGAGACCAGCUUGGAGGAUGUACAGGAGGAUGGGGAUGAUGAAGAGAUGGAGGAAGAUGUGGAAGAAAGUGAAGAGGAAAGCAUGGUGGAAAACACAGUUUUAGAAGCUGGUGAAGAGUUGGACGAGCUUCAACAAAAGAUUAAAGAGCUUAAUGAUGAACUGUCCAAGGAACAAUCUGAAAAACUGGCCAUGGAAUCUCGCAUCCGGGAUGAAGUUACCGCUGAGUUCAUGGAGCUGUUCUCCAAUAUGGAGAAAGAUUACAGUGAGCGUAUUCAGCGGGAAAAGGAAAUAGCUGAAGAAAGAGCUGAGAGGAGAAUGGAAAUUCUUAGGAAUUUAGUCGACAAAAGUGCUGAUGACCUGGCAGCCGUGAGUUCUGCUGAUGAUCCAACUCGGGAAAACAAAUUUGACUGUUUGGAUGGAAUGAUUGAAUCAAUGCAACACGACCUGGCCAAGAUAAAGAAAGACGCGGAGACUGCCCAGUCAUGUCUGGAGAACGAGAGCCAUUCUCCUGGAGCAUUCAGCAAGCUAAAGGCACAGCUUAAUGAUAUGACUGAGGAGCUUUCUAAAAACCAUCAGCUUCUCGAUAUCAAAAACAAGGAAAUGGAAGAGGUUCAGGUGCAGUUACAGAAAACCACUGAUAAGCUGUUGGAGGCUGACAAGAACUAUGAAAAUCAGACACUGAGGUAUCAGAAGCUGAUGGCUAUCUGCCAAGAGAAAGAUGAGAUGAUCUUCAAGCUGCAGACUGCUUUGGAUAAAAAUGUUGAGGCAGCCAAUGAAGAUAGGACGUUUAUUGACACCGUCAAGGAAGAACUUAUGCAUUACAGAAAUAACUGCAAGUGUGGGAUCAGUGAUGGCAAAGAUGUCACAGAAAACCAGGAAAUGAAGCAGCUUGUACAAGCAUUAAAAGAGAAAGAUGAAAACCUGGAGGAGCUCAAAUGUGAGCAGGAUUCACUUAAGCAAAAGUUGAAAGCUCUUACUGAAGAUCUUUCAAAGCAAGUCCAGGCCUGGGAAGUUGCCAUUUCCUCGUUCGAGACUGAGAAAGCAGCAACCAACAAACUCACAAUUGAGAACCGAUCUCUUGCCAACAAGCUCAGCGUCAUCCAGCAUGCAGCCAGUGACAUGGAGUCCAGGCUCAAGGUCAUGGAAACUGAAUUACACAGUCAAAAGACUGAGGCUGCCAGGCUGUUUGAGGAGCUUCAGAGUGCCCAGGUUCUCAUCCGGGAGCAUGAAGAUAAGACCAAAGAGCAAUCAAAUACAAUCAAAUCUUUAACAGUGGAGGCUGAGAACUUGCUCCAGAGGCUCAAUUCAUCGUCACUUUCUCAGGGACAAGAGAACAACUGCACUUUCCAAAAAACUAUUGAGGCUCUUAGGAAAGAAUGUGAGACAAUGAUGGCAGGAUCCCUGGAGAAGAUUAAGAGAAUCCAGUCCCUGGAGCAGGAGCUCAAUCAGAUCAAAGGGGAGAUGUCCCAGAAGGAGACCCUUCAUAAUCAUCUUAAGAAAGAGCUAGAAGAGAACCAGAACCUGCUCAGACAGUAUGAAACUGAAAGGCUAAGUGUGGAGCAGAUGAAAGGAAGUCAGUCCGAGCUGGAGGCAGAGCUGGUUGCUUUAAGACAGCAGCUAACAUGCUUAAAGGAGCAAGAACAAACCUUCACACAGAGCCUGGAAGGAAUAAAUGAUCUGCAGAAGAAGCUUGAGGAGAAACGGACCCACUGUGCAGAUCUGGAGCAGAGACUACUACAGCUUCAGAACAACUUGGUUCAAGCAGGAGAGGAUUUACAGACAGAGCAGCGCAGAAGAUCAGAAGAGGAGGAGAAAAGAAAUGUGGAGACAUCUAAAAGACACGAGGAGGCUGAGAGAAGAAGAGAUGUGGAAGGUGCACUUGCCAAAAAGGAGGAAGAGCUGAAUGCUAAAGCUCAAGUGCUUCUAAAAUUCCAGAAACAGGUGGAUGAUGGGCUGGAUACCAUUCAAAGCUUACGGUGUGAUCUACAACAGAAAGAGAAAGAAAUCUCUAAUCUACAUGCCAAGCUGAUGGAGAGAGAUUGUGAGAUGGAGCAACAGCAGAAAAGGAUUUCGUCCUUGACGAAUGAGAUCGCCUUGCUGCAACAGAAGCUGAAUGUCUCUGAGAAAGACAGGGAUCAAGCUCUAAAGACCUUGGCCAGUAAAGAAAAGGCUGUUGAUGAGCUAAAAGAUAAACAAGACAGCAAGAAUAAAUCACAAGAAUAUGAAGUCUGUCAAGUGCUUUUGGACAAGGAGAAGCUCAUUGAGGAGAUGCGUUGUACUCUAUCAGAUCGAGAGAAAGCACAGAAAGAACAAGAACAACUCUUAGAGGCUCAACUAACUGAGAUUGAAUCAUUAAGUGCAGAGCUCAUGAAGCUAAAGGAGAAAUACCAGAGAGGAGAACUGACUACCUCUGAACCUGAUCAUUCACACCAGGAUGAGCAAAAUGAAGAAAAGCCUACAGGGGUCUCAGCUACAAUGAAUGAGCUCCAGAUAGAACCAGAUGAUCUUAUGUGUUCUGAUGAAAGCCAAAGUCCAAAAGACUUCACAGAAUCACAGAAGAAGAUCCUCAACAAGACACAGCAUGAAGUGCUGACUACAGUGCAGAACUCCUCGAUUCUCUCCACUGAUAGUGAGAGAGACAAGCGCUUCCCCAAACCUGAGCUGGAGAUCACCUUCACCCCUCUCAAACCCAACCACCUGAAUGUGCGCAGGCCAGGAAAUGAGGAAUCGGUUACAGUCAAGAUCAAACGCACUGGCAGGAAGAGGAAGAGUGCUGAGAUUGAGAACUCAGUGGAAUCUGAAAAUAGUAAGAACAUGCGACUUCGAGGGAACUACAGGACUAACGCACAGUGUGUAGAGUCUCCCACAGUGCUGGGUAAAAAGACAAAUCAGCUGAAGCAACAGGAUUCUCCUGCUAGUCUGAAAAACAGAAAAGAUGGAACACUGCAGAAGAUUGGUGAAUUUAUCCAGAGCUCUCCAACUCUCUUGGGAAGUAAAGCUAAAAAGAUCAUGGCAAAGGUUGUUGUAAAAUCUCCAGACUUACAGAACGAGACAAACAACAAGCCGAAGAGAUCAAAACGCAAGCUUUUCAAGACCCAGAUCUCCUCCCCUCUUGAUAUAGCUUCUCAUCCGAUCAUUGGGAUAGAUCAUGAUAAUAAAGAAAGUGAUCAUCUUAUUAUCAAGAGAAAACUCAGAACCAGAACCUGCAAAAAAUGAUGCCAGUCAUAGAGGUUUUUUAUGACCAAGUACUGUUUAUUAAGAUCUCAUAUGUUUACUGUAUCUGUUGGAAAAAGCUUGAAUAUUCUGUGUACAUACUGUUUUUGUAAAAACAUGCUUUUAAAAACAAUGUAAAUAGAUUCAGCAUAGUUAUUAGUUCAAUGCUUUUUUUUUUUUCAUUUUAUAACAUUGUUUUUACAAAAAAAAAAAUUUAAAUAAAACAUGAUGGAGGGGUCAUUGUGUGUUUGAUUUAGGUCUAUAAAUGACCUUUGCUGUCUUUUGCAGGUUGCUUUCACAUACUGGUAAUUCUGAUACUGUUUCAUUCUGGUUCGUAAAUUCUGUGGUCUCGCUCUUUUCAGUCCAAAGCAAAGCCAUUAAAUCUGUU